CAAAAAAGCAAGAGAAUCUGCAUUUGACUUCCUUCCUUCCUAUUCUGGUCCCACUGCAUAUUCACUGGAUGCAUGGAAGCAACAAACCUACUCUGCACGGUAGCAAAGGUGAGUUAGAAAGUAGAUUAUACAUAUGGAUGGAAAAUUAUGGGGCUGAUUCUACCAUUACAAAGAACCACAGGAAGUAUUUUCAACCUUAUUGCCUUCUCCUGCCAAAAGGAUGCAUCUGGCAUGUCCAUCAAUGCUGCCAAAACAGAGAGAUAGAUGAAUAAUACAUACCGCUGCAAAACUAGGAUUAUUCCCUAUUAAAGAUAGCUGACUUUUAGGCCCUGGAUGAAAUAUAGGUAGUCUUCGAUUUAUAACAGUUCAUUUAGUGACCAUUCAAAGUUACAAUGGCACACUGAAAAAAAGGGACUUAUGACCCUUAUAACUGGUCAGAAUUCAUCAGAUUCUGACCAGUUCUGGAGAACUAGUAGCGGAUAUUUUGAGUAGUUCGGAGAACCGGUAAAUACCACCUUUGACUGGCCCUGGCCCCAUCUAUUCUCUGCCUCCUGAGUCCCAGCUGAUCAGGAGGAAAUGGGGAUUUUGCAAUAUCCUUCCCCUGCCACGCCCACCGAGCCUCACCCACCAAGCCAUGCCAUGCCCACCAAACCAUGCCAUGCCAUGCCCACCAAGCCAUGCCCAGAGAACCGGUAGUAAAAUUUUUUGAAUCCCACCACUGGUUAUGACCAUUUUUCACACCUACAACCGCUGCAGCAUUCCCAUGGUCACAUGAUCAAAAUUCAGAUGCUUGGCAAAUGAUUCAUAUUUAUGAUGUAGCAGUGUCCUGGGGUUAUAUGAUCAUCUUUUGGGAACUUUUUAAUAAACAAAGUCAAUGAGGAAGCCAGGUUCAAUUAACAACUGGGUUACUAGCUUAAGAAAUGCAAUGAUUCACUUAACAACUGUGGCAAGAAAUGUUAUAAAAUGGGGCAAACUCAUUUAACAAAUGUUUCACUGAACAACAUACAUUUUGAGCUCAAUUGUGGUCAUAACUCGAGGACUAUCUGUACCUUCUAAGGGUUUUCCUACUUUGUCAGAUUCUUUCUUACUCAGUUUAUUCACUUAUUCUUCCUUUUGGUCCCAGGCUAUGCAGCCGAGGGGCACCAAAGCUGUCUCAUCUCUUCACUUAUAGAGGGCAGGAGAAUAAUAAUGAAAAGAAUCUGUUCUCCCUAGAGGUAUAGUUCUGACAACUCUCUGAGGCCAGUCCUACUUUUAAAGAUUGGUUUUCAUUUUAUUUACUAAGCAUAAUUACAGUGAAAAUAAGACAAUGCUUUCCCUUGUUUAUGUUGCUAAGUGAAACAUUUGUUAAGUAAGUGACAUUCCCAUUCCAAUUAGGCUGUUCCUGUUUCUUUUUAACAACCUCCCCCUUUUCAAUUUCCAAAGAUCAUAACAGGUAGGGCUGAUGAUACUAUGUGGUGUUGCAGUGAUUAGAGUGCAGUACUGCAAGCUACUUCUCCUGUCUGCUGGUUGUCAACAGUUUGGCAGUUCAAGUCCCACCGGUUCAAGCUUGACUCAGCCUUCCCUCCUUCCGAGAAAAAAAGGACUUCACAGUUUCUGUGGGACAAAGAACUUUACUGAGGCAGAACCAAGCCGUCGGGCCUACAGUGGGUCCAUUGCUGCUGACUCCAUCUCAAAUAUUUGCUUUUCCAAGAACAGACGUGAUCUUUUACAGAUGUGGUGCCCUCCACAAUCAUUAGACUAUAUCCAGAAGCUCCAAUCAGUGGGAUCAGUAGGACAUGGACAGUCCUACAAAUCUGUAAAGAAAACUUAAAUGCACAUAAUUCAUAAACAAAAAUGGUGAGAUUUCUUGGGAUUGAAAGUCUGGCUCUCCUCUUUCUUCUGAUGGGCAUUACAGAGGCCCAGCCACCUCCAGCUUGUGGCCGAUUUAUCCCCUCUUCCCGAAUAGCAGGAGGUUCAGAUGCUGAGGUGGGUUCAUGGCCAUGGCUGGCCAGUAUACAGAAUUUUGAGUCACAUCACUGUGGGGGAACUCUCAUUGCCUCGCGCUGGGUUCUAACAGCAGCACAUUGCUUUUCCAGACACCCAGAUCCCUCUCGAUUUGCCAUUCUUUUGGGAUCCUACAAUCUCUCCAAUCCUGGACCAGAGUCAGUACUAAUAAAUGUGAAGCAAAUUAUCAUGCACUCCAACUACACUGAGCUCAUAAAAGGCAAUGAUAUUGCACUUAUAGAACUCGAAAUCCCUGUGAAUUUCACCCAGCGUAUCCACCCUGCAUGUUUACCAGGAUCUUCCAUCGUCUUCCCUCCCAGAUUGGGUUGUUGGGUUGCAGGCUGGGGGGACAUUAAACCAGAAGUCCCACUUCCUGAACCUGAGAUUUUGCAGGAAGUGCUUCUUCCCCUUAUUGACAGGGCUACCUGUGAGGUUCUUUACAGUGACUUUAAAGAACCUGGGAUGGCGACCAUAAUAAAAGAUGACAUGAUAUGCGCAGGCUACAUGGAAGGAGGGAAGGAUGCUUGCCAGGCAGACUCAGGGGGACCAUUGCUUUGUCCAUGGAAUGGAGAUUGGGUUUUGGCUGGUGUAGUGAGCUGGGGAGGUGUCUGUGCUGCCCCUAAACGCCCUGGUGUUUACAUUCGAGUUAGCGCCUACACUAGUUGGAUCUUGAGACAUGCUCCAGAAGUAAAAUCUAAUUUCAUUAAUGCCCUAAACCUAACCACCCCUAGCAAUGGAUGUUCCUUAGUUGCUUUUGCUAAUAUAACUAUGCUUCUUUCAUUAAUCAUCAAUAUUAUAUCUAUUAUUAUAUAUUAACAAAACUUGGUACAGUAUGUCUGAAUUUGUCUAGAUUGCUUGCUGCAGUUUGUGGAAACGGACCUUUGCCAAAUCUGUAUGACUGCUUGAAAUGGAAAAGAAUGAAACUUUGAUUUUGGGUUUUACCGAUUAGAUCGGUAGAUUCUUAUAGAAAUGGCUAAUUUAUAUUAUAAUGAAAAAACAAAAAGUUGUGGUUUGAUGUUAAUGCCUUAUUUUACUGUUUCUUUACUCUCUCUGUUGGAAGUACUGACUUCCAAAAGAGAGAGUUGGAAGUCAGUGCUUCUUUUUCUUUUUCCUAGCUCUUCCUCACUUUUCUUCUCCCUUUCCCCUUCACUGCUUUCCUAUUUACUUUUGUAUUUUGUAUCUUAUUGUGAUCACCUGGGGCACAGAGGCAACACAGUCAGCUGGUAGUUCAAACUUCCCUUUAUUGCUCCAACUUUCCCCCAAACACUCCCAUGUUUACAGCAAGUCCUAGAGCAAAACACUUGCGUGCACACCUCCAGCUGCCUCUGGCUGCAAAGUAGUCCAGCAAAACGCUGUUAGCACAAUGGCUUCAAGAAAAGAAGUCCAGUGAGGCAAGAGAGCAAGGCAUUGAGUUCACGAGGCAAAGUAGCAGAACAAUGAGUCCACAAAGCAAAGGAGCAGAACAAUGAGUCCACAAAGGAAAGAAGCAUGGCAAUGAGUCCACAAAGCAAAGGAACAAAGCAAUGAGAAGGCAAGAAGUUCAAUGAACUCCAGAUGUUUGACAACAGCACACAAAACUCCACGAAUUAUCCCCAAAGUGUCUCCUUAAGUAUCAGUCCCCUUGUGAAGAGGGGUGGGGCGUUCUUCUUCUGAGUCACUUCUGAGCACUGUUCCUCUCCACUCUCCAUGCUCAGGAAUCAGGAGGGGGUAAAUUUAGAUCAACUUCCCAGGAAUGGCAGCCAUAUUGGAGUCCCACAGAGGCCUCACUAAAAUAAUCUGAAAUUUCACAGAAAGCUAAAUCUGUUCCCCAACCUUUCUAGGUUGGCCACCCAGUGGGGGGUGGGGUGGGGAAGAGGAAAUGGUUUUGUGUGACAAGCAGGUGCAUGUGCAUAAUGUCAUUUGUGUGAGUGGUGGGUGUGCCUGCACAAAUGGAACUGCUGGUAGUGGGCCGCAGCCUACAGAUUGAGGACCCUGAUCUAUACUGUUUGACUAGACAUAAUAUGUUAUACUUUGCAUUUGAAAAUACACACAAAAAGACAUUUCUGUGAAAUUCAGUGUGCAAUGAUUUGCUUAUAUAGUAAUUACGAGCAUAUGAAACAGAGGUGUUUCCCUAUUUUUUUAAUAGUCCUUAUAAUACUGGGUUGCCAUAGGAAUGAAGAUAGACUAAAGGAAUGAAGCGAUAAUGAACUAUAAAGACUACAAGAUAAAGAACUCUUCUUUGCUGAAAGUGUUCAGUUGACAAAAUAACUGCUACCGAUAUAUUUGCCUAGCUUCCCCUCACAGAAGAUCAGGGAACACGAAUGUAACUCUGCACUACUCAGUUUUGAAAGGAAUCAAUGCUACUCUGUGCAAGGACAUACAAAAAUUUCAACUUCUUGUGGAUUAUGAUUUGUGUGAAAGUGGCCCAAAGUUUUUCUUUUAAACUUGACUUCCUAUCUCCGCUGGAAACUCUUCAAUGAAGAUUUCUUUUAGGUGAUUUUAAAAUGACAGUUUCUGUCUCUUCUCAAAAACAUUUCAGAAAAUCAGAUGUAUUCUUCCAUUUUUUCAUUGGUGAAGUGAAUAAAAAUAUUGUCUGUUUCUGGACUGGAUGACAUGACAAUUAAAACAAUUAAUUCUUUGUUUAAUUUUAACUUUCAUAUAGUGUUUCAUAAUUGAUAUAUAAUUGAUAUAUUAGUUGUGUUCUUUUGUUUUUUAUUCUUGUUUAUAAUUUUUUUAAGUUUUUAAAUAUUUUUUCAAAAAUGAAAUAAAAUUAAA